CCCCCCAAAAAGUUUUUUUUUUUUUUUGCAUUUAAAUUAAUACGACAGGCAGAAGUUCGUCAGGUGUAGCUUCUCUUUCGUCUCUGCGGGGGUCGAAAAUUCACAGGUUGGAUGCUGUCGUAAUCAAGUGGGUGAUGAAAAAGCCCAGGAGCCCAGUGUUGGUGGGUCAGGGACAGGCAGAAGUCCAUCAGGUUGAGCCUUCCUGCCUGCCAUGGGCUUCACUGGGGUGUGUGGUUCCAGGAGCCUGUUGGAUGGCAGGUCCUGCAUAUCUGGGAAGGAAAAAAAAAAUCAGGCAGUGUGGCAGCAUCCUUAUCUGAACAUCUUCAAACACUUUAAAGUAGAAGAAUGGAAAAGAUCUACCAAGGAUGGAGACGUGACAACCUUUAUGGACAAGACUUUGAAAGGGACAGUAUAUCGCAUUAGCGGUGCUGUUCCGGCCAGCAACUACCUCCAGCUUCCCAAAACUGGCACCCAGUCCUUGGGUCUCACUGGUCGCUAUAUCUACAUCCUCUUCAAACCUGCACCAGGCAAAUAUUUUGUGGUGCAUCUAGAUGUUGCCACUGAGGAAAGCCAAGUGGUCCGUAUUUCGUUUUCUAACCUCUUUAAAGAAUUCAAGUCCACAGCCACAUGGUUGCAGUUCCCAUAUAUUUGUGGGGCAGCCCGUGGGUCAGUCUAUGCAACUACAGCCAAGACUUCUAAACGAGAUCUGGUGGGCCUUGCCCCCAUUAACGUGCGAUGGACUUGCUUGAUCCUGGAUCUCCGCCACAUUCUUGGCCUCUACCUGAACAGAACCUACAGUCAUCUGAAAAGCGUCAAGCUAUGCUCCAACCUGCUGGUGAAAAACCUCUUCACCAGCGAUUUGCUCUUUGACCCAGCGUUGACCUCUUCUGAGGCUCACCAGUCCAAGAUGGCAUUACAUGGUUUCUCUCCCAUGCCUCGGGAAAUGGCAUUUCCUGUGCCCAAAGGAGAACUGUGGCACGAUCUCUAUGAUUACAUUCGGUUCCCUUCUGAUGGAUCCAAAAUGCCAUAUGACUCCAUUCAGAAAAGCACUUCGAAUUCCUAUGCUGCUGGCCAUCCCAAAGACGAGCCAGUGACCCUGGUUCCCAAGGACGUGUCUUUGAGCAAGCCAAUUCGGGACCGGGUGUCUCUCAUCCAGCAAAUCACCAGUCCCAAAGAGAUGCCUCGCCAGUCUCCUCUUCUUACAAAGCACAUCCCCAAGAUUCACCCGUCCAGGUCCGAGCCUGUGUGGACCGCCUGCAUUGCGGACCAGAGCCUGAGAGAAGGGUCACAGGCCAGAGGAGUUUCCCGUUUCCCCCACUCUUCGAUGGACGAUGGCAGCAUUCAUGUUUAUGCCCACAAAAAUGGAGGUGAUGCGGUCCGUGAUGUUACCAUCGACUCUGACGAGAACCAAUAUAUGCCGACAGCAGGACCAAAGACUGUCUCUGCCAAGAGUUCUGUGCCCUGCACGAAGCUGCUACCAGAUCCAAUUCUGAAGCUGAAGAAGAUUAUUGGGUUUGGGGGUUGCAGCACCAAAUGGGCAUUGUGGGCUUCUGGCAGUGCUGUAGUGGUCUACCCUUGCCAUGCUCUGAUUGUAGCCAUAGCAAUUGAUUCUGGCAAACAGACGUUUUUUGCUGGCCACACCGACAAGGUGGCGGCACUGGCGUUCAACAACAAAAGCACUUUGCUGGCAUCCGCGCAGACAGGAGAAAUGAGCGUGAUGCGUCUCUGGGACUUCCCAAGCGGGAAGUGCCUUUGCGUCUUUAAAACUGGGAUCCAGUCCAUCUCGUGCCUCAGUUUUUCAUACAGUGGAAAUGUCCUUUGUGGCACCGGGAAGGACAAACGCGGGAAGACGUUGGUGGUGGUGUGGAACACCAUGCAGGUGAAUCGUGGAGGAGAAGUGGUCAUGCUGGCCAAAGCUCACACAGAUGUGGACAUUCGGGCCUUCAAGAUUGCCUUUUUUGACGAUACCAGGAUGGUAUCGUGUGGCCGUGACAAUGUGAGGCUGUGGCGGAUCCAAAGCGGGGCUUUGCGUUCCUGCCCCGUGAAUUUGGGCGAAUACCGUUCUCUGGAGUUCACAGACCUGGCCUUUGAGGUCGGCCACUCCACCCAGCGUGAGCCCGAGGACCGGACGCUGUUUGUUUGCAGCAGAAGUGGGCACGUUUUAGAAAUUGACUACAAGAAUGUCACUGUCAAAAAUGUCCGUCGCCUUCUGCCCUUGGAGACGGGACCCGUUUCUCAGCGGGAGAAGCAAGCUUUUAAUUCAGGCCCUGGGAUAUCCCUAAACAGCAUUUGCCUCUCUUCAAGUUUCUGUGCCACUGCCUCGGACGAUGGCUACCUGCGACUGUGGCCAUUGGACUUCUCAGAAGUCUUCCUGGAGGCAGAGCACAACAAUCCAGUGAGUUCGGUUCGAAUCAGCCCAGACAAUCUGAAGGUUUUGUGCACCACCACCACUGGGAACGUGGGCUGCCUGGACAUCCAGUCGAGGAAUUACAGCACCAUCAUGAGAUCUCAUGUGGGCACGGUCUUGGCCUUUUCAGUGGACAGUUCCCAGAAACAGCUGGUGACGGUGUCCGAAGACAAUACCAUUCGCAUCUGGAAUGUCGAAUCUAUGCAGCAGCUUUAUGAAUUCACGGCCUCUGAUGAAAUUCCGUGCGCUGUGGUGUUUCAUCCCUUGCAACCUAUUUUUGCUUGCGGUUUCGACACUGGCAUGGUCAGGACCAUCAGCUUGGCUGCCUCAAGACUUCUUGAAGAACACAAGCAGCACCGGGGUCUGAUCACGGGUCUGACCUUCUCUCCAGAUGGCAAUUUCAUGUACAGUUCCUGCACGCACGGGACGCUGAGUCUUUAUAACUGCGCCAUCCAGAAAAGUCACACUGUACGAGUGUUAGCUAACGUGGUGUCCCAAGACGCUGACCAUGGUCCUGAUGCAUUGUCCGUCAGUUGCGAUGGACGUCUCUUGGCCUUUGUGGGACCUUCCAAAUACAUCGUCUCCCUCAUGGACGCUCAUACUCUGGAUGAGCUACUAAGAAUUGAUGUGAGCAUACUGGAUCUGGACAGCACAGCCCUUGAUGUUGCAGUGAGGCUUUGCUUCGCCCCUUUUGGCCAUCUUUUGGUGUCAACGUCCUCCCAGAAGGUCCUGGUGCUGGAUGCCAAGUCUGGACGCUUAAUCCGAGUGGUCCCUCAAGUUCACAGACAGACUUGUUCUUCUUUAACGCUGAGUCCCGAUGGCCGGUAUGUUCUCACAGCCGGUGAUAGGACUAUCAAAGUGUGGGAUUAUGAAAUGAGAUUUGAUGUCAGCUGCCAGGUGUUCAUCGGUCACUCCGAACCGAUACAGCAGGUGAGGUUCACUGCUGACCAAAAGCAGGUCUUCAGUGUUGGAGAUGCCAUCUUCCUGUGGGAUUUCCUAGGUGUCUUUGCAGAGGAGCCCUUCAAGGAUGAGAUCGAUUCCCCUGGGCCCUUAGUGGUUCUUCAAGUUGACGCCAAUUCAGGGAAGGCACAAAAUUCACCACCUGGGUCCAGUGAUGCCCCCCGCCAGCUGGUUCCUUUGCCUACUGUGGUGUCUCCUCCAUGUCUGGAUCUCAGCGCUCUCCACCGACUGGUUGAGCAUGACACUUGGUCUGACUCUGAAGAAGAAAAAGAAGCCUAUUUGAAAAAAAAGAAUGGGGACACGAUUAAUGGGACUACUGGCCACUCAGUUCUUGUGCUAAAUGAUGUUGUCCAACAUGAAGCGCCUCUGCCUGUGAAACCUGAUAUCACUCCAAUUUGUUCAAGCCCUCACAGUCCUGCAGGAGGAGACAGAGGAAAAGAAACGAAAGGGUCUUUACCCCAAAAUAUCAUCCGGCCAGAUUGCUACCGGCACUUCAUACCCCGUUUCAAAUCUUCUGCAACUUCCAAGGUAUUUUCUUCUCCAACCGCUAACGAGGGUCUGAAGCUGAAAGCUGUGAUUGGCUACAACGGGAAUGCCCGAGGGAACAUGGUGUGGAACCCUGACACAGGUUUCUUUGCCUACAGCUGUGGUUGUGUGCUGAUUGUGGAAGACUUGCACUCUGGAUCCCAACAGCAUUGGCUGGGUCAUCCGGAAGAGAUUUCAACCUUAGCUCUCAAUCAUAAUGCCCAGGUUCUGGCCUCUGCCUCUGCCCAAGGUGGUGGAGACCUGCGGUGUCAAAUUUGCAUCUGGAACGUACAAAAUAGGACUUGUGAAAAAAUCCUCUUUCAUCAUGAAAACCAAGUGCAAGCCAUGGCAUAUUCUCAAGACGACCGCUUCCUUGUCACUCUAGGAGAUUAUGUAGACAGAGUCAUUGCCUUGUGGAACACCCAGACUUACGACCUCAUGUCCUCCACCCGUCUUGCUGAGCCUGUCCACGACCUGGCUUUUAAUCCCCUUUCCGUGGGACAGCUUGCCUGCGUGGGGAAGGGAGCUGUGACCUUCUGGCUGAUGAAGCAACAGGGCUCGGACAUCAGCCUCAAAGUCCAGCGAGUCCCAGCUCCUGAUGCUAUUGGUGGGGUGGAGCUCACAUCCAUGUGCUACAGCUCUGGUUGUCUACUCUACACUGGGACAAGCACAGGACAGAUCUGCAGCUGGGACACGGAGACGAAUUGCUGCUUCAUGACUUGGGAGGCCGUGGACGGCGAGAUUGGAGUACUGCAGUGUCGCCAUAACCGGCUGGUCAGUGGCAGCAAUACCAAGAAGAUCCAGAUGUGGUCAGUGGCCGCAGUCCAAGAGCUGAGAGUCAAAGGAUCUGAUGCCAGAUCUAACUCCGUUCUCUUGGAGCAGGAAAUCACUCUCGAUGGGACCAUUGUGAGUGCCGCUUUUGACGAUGCCAUGGACAUGGGCAUUGUGGGCACCACCGCAGGGACCUUGUGGUACAUCAACUGGACAGAGAACACCAGCAUCCGGCUGAUCAGUGGCCACAAGAACAAGGUGAGUGAAGUGGCCUUCAGUCCCGGAGAGUCUCAUUUUGCUACCUGUGCGGAAGACGGUAGCGUCAGGGUUUGGUCCCUGGCUAGCUUGGAGCUGGUGGUGCAGUUUCAAGUCCUCAAUCAGAGUUGCUUGUGCUUGGCCUGGAGCCCAGUGCCCACCUCCAUCAACGGGCUCGAAAGCCAUCAUAUUGUGGCAGGCUAUAGCGAUGGCACCAUCCGCCUAUUCAGCAUUUCCCGGACGGAGAUGGAAUUGAAAAUGCACCCGCAUUCCAUGGCCGUCAUGGCACUUGGAUAUUCUGCAGAUGGGCAAAUCAUCCUAUCAGGAAGCAAGGAUGGAUUGAUUGCCAUUAAUAGCCCACGUACAGGGAUGACCAUCAGAGUCCUUACUGACCACCGACCCUCGGCCAUUAACGUUAUCCAUUGCACCAGAAAACCAUACACCGAACUUGGGACUGAAGGAAGCGACCUCUGGCUGGCUUCCAGCAGUGAUCGACGGGUCAGUGUCUGGAUUUCUGACUGGUUGAAGGACAAAUGUGAGAUCAUCGAUUGGUUAAGCUUUCCAGCUCCCACAGGUCCUGAGAUUCCCAGUCCUCUACCUCCUAGCCUGGCAGCGUUUUGCCCUUGGGAUAAAAGUACUAUUGCUUACGUUGGCUUUGGAUUGCAGAAAGAGAUCCUCUUCUACAGCUUGCAACAGAAACAGGUCAUCGAGAAGAUUCCCUUGCCUUCCUUUGCCGCUUCGCUGAGCCUUUCUCCAGUUGCCUGCAGCAUAGCUGUUGGCUUCAGCGAACGUAUGCUGAGGCUGAUUGAUCGCGCAACAAGGACAUCGGAGGACUACGCGGGACACAACGACACCGUUUCCCUCUGCAGAUUUGCCCCCUCCGGGAAACGCCUCUUCACAGCCUCCUACAACGAGAUCCUGGUGUGGGAAGUCCAGAGCAGCUCACCAAAGUAGCUUGAUCAGGCCCUCUGAACCAUGAGCCAAAAAGCCUUGGCCGGAUGUUAUGGGGGAUGGCCGAUUCUCACUGGCUUUUUGACGUGAUACAGUUGGCAGACGCGUCAAUUGCGAGAGAUCUCGUCACCUCUGGAAUUGGCAUCUGUCCAAAUGCCUUCUAAAAAGUGGGAUGAUUUAUAGAAUCAGUGGACCAAGCCAUUGGUCUGUUCCAGCCAAUUGGCUGGACAGAUUGCCCAAUAACUGAUCUCCAUACUUCUGACGUCCCUACAAGAAUGUGUGAAUUUUAAGUAACAUGCUAACCCUAGCUAAAGUAUCUGGCCCAGGGGAGAACUGUUGUGAAACAGGGAAGAGGGCAGCACAAUGUUCCUCUCUUCUAUUGCAGUUGGUUUUAGUCCCUUUACUCUUAGCAUUGUGUCAAAUGUAUAUAUGUAUAUUUCACAUAUUUUUCUACAACUAAAAUAGCUGCUUCUUUUUUCUUUUUUAAAAAAUUCAUUCUCUCCCAGGACCAUAUUUUGAUUUUAUAGUUUUGUCACUUUCAAGUGACCAUUUAGCUGAAAAGAAAAUGCCUUUCUCCCAUUCUGCUUUUGGUUUUCUCAGUAACAGAAUCACAAAAAAGCAUUAAAAAACAAAAACAAAGAAACAUCGCUGAGUCUUAACUGCUGAAUAGGCUUUUAAAAGCACAGGUUGACCUUAUUAAGAGUUUAUUUUAGAGAUCAGGAACUUUCAAGCUCAUUUUAUACUCAGAAUUUAUAAAAAUGAUGAGUUUUGCUUUUAGAAAUGCAUGGUUAACGAAACACAGGUUUGUUCCUCAGGUAGUGUGAGCCGAUAUCAGCAGUGCAACAGGUAUUUCUUUCCUUUCUUAACCUUGGCCUGUAACAAUCGAAGCAACAACAUUCACAUUGCACUUGUUUUCGUUUGUAAUUGAUAACGAAAGAAAAGAAUUGGACUUGUUUACAUUUUUUAAAAUUCCAAAUAAACGAAGAGUUUUGUGUA